CCGAGUUCUCUGAAACCCAUAGGCAGAGGCGACCCUCCCGCCUCCCCGCCCGCUCCGCGCUCGCCCCGCCUCAGCGCACUUUAAAAGUUUUCUCUGGCCGGGACGCGGGCGUCGCGAGCCAUGGCUGUCUACGUCGGGAUGCUGCGCGUCGCGAGGCUGUGCGCCGGGAGCCCGAGGGUGCUGGGGGCCCGGGUCGGCCUCCCCCGGGUUUGGCAGGAAGCGAGGUUGUGGGGCGUCCGUCCUCUCAGUUCUGAAGAGCUGGAUCACAAUGUCCCCUUGCCUGUUGGAGGCUUCAGCUACGUCCAGGGCCACAUCGGAUUGCGCCUUAAUAACCAGACCGUGGGGCGGUGCCUGGAUGUCACAGCACAGAGGAUCCCAGACCAGGAGGCCUUGGUUGUCCACCACGAAAACAUCAGGUUGACCUUUGCCCAACUCAAGGAGGAGGUGGAUAAAGCUGCUUCUGGGCUCUUGAGUAUCGGCCUCCGCAAGGGUGACCGGCUGGGCAUGUGGGGACCCAACUCCUAUGCGUGGGUACUCAUGCAGCUGGCCACAGCCCAGGCUGGCAUCAUUCUGGUAUCUGUGAAUCCAGCGUACCAGGCUAUGGAGCUGGAGUAUGCCCUCAAGAAGGUGGGCUGCAAAGCCAUCGUAUUUCCCAAGCAAUUCAAGUCCCAGCAUUACUACAACAUCCUGAAGCAGAUCUGUCCAGAGGUGGAAAAGGCCCAGCCAGGGGCCUUGAUGAGUCAGAGGCUCCCGGAUCUGACCACGGUCAUCUCAGUGGAUGCCCAUCUGCCAGGGACGCUGCUCCUGGAUGAGGUGGUGGCAGCUGGCAGUCAAGAGCAGAAUCUGGCCCGGCUUCGGCACACCCAGCAGUUCCUGUCCUGCCAUGACCCCAUCAAUAUCCAGUUCACCUCGGGGACAACCGGCAGCCCCAAGGGGGCCACACUCUCCCAUUACAACAUUGUCAACAACGCCAACAUGAUAGGACAGCGCCUGAGACUGCACCAGAAGACGCCAGAGGAGUCGCGGGUAGUCCUGCCCAGCCCCCUGUACCACUGCCUGGGUUCUGUGGGGGGCACAAUGGUGAGCUUGAUGCACGGUAUCACCCUCAUCCUGUGCUCUCCAGUCUUUGAGGGCAAGAAGACGCUGGAGGCCAUCAGCAGAGAAAGAGGCUCCUUCCUGUAUGGGACCCCCACAAUGUUCGUGGACGUUCUGAACCAACCAGACUUCUCCAGUUACGACAUCUCAACCUUGCGUGGAGGUGUGAUUGCUGGGUCUCCUGCACCCCCAGAGCUGAUCAGAGCCAUCAUCAACAAGCUGAACAUGAAGGAGCUAGUGGUGGCUUAUGGAACCACAGAGAACAGCCCCGUGACCUUCAUGAACUUCACCGAGGACACUGUGGAGCAGAAGGCAGAAAGUGUGGGCAGAGUCAUGCCUCACACAGAGGCCCAGAUUGUGAACACGGAGACGGGGACACUGGCAGAGCUGAACACACCUGGAGAGCUGUGCAUCCGAGGGUACUGCGUCAUGCUGGGCUACUGGGGUGAGCCCCGGAAGACCGAGGAAGCAAUUGGACAAGACAAGUGGUACCGGACGGGAGACAUUGCCACGAUGGAUGAGCAGGGCUUCUGCAAGAUUGUGGGCCGCUCUAAGGAUAUGAUCAUCCGUGGCGGCGAGAAUAUCUACCCCGCCGAGCUCGAGGACUUCUUUCACACACAUCCACAGGUUCAGGAAGUGCAGGUGGUGGGAGUGAAGGAUGACCGAAUGGGGGAGGAAAUCUGUGCCUGCAUUCGGCUCAAGGAAGGGGAGAAGACCACAGCAGAGGAGAUCAAGGCCUUCUGCAAGGGGAAGAUCUCCCACUUCAAGAUUCCCCGGUACAUCGUUUUUGUCACCAAUUACCCCCUCACCGUCUCAGGAAAGAUCCAGAAAUUCAAACUUCGGGAGCAGAUGGAGCAACAUCUAAACCUGUGAAUAGAGGAAGGGAGAAGAUCCUUCCUCCCUGCCCUUCUCCCCCAUGCCCCAUGUCUGCUUUGUGAUCUGGCAUAAAGAGCUUCUCUGUU